UACGUGUGAAACCGGAACAUCCAUCCCUGCUCGAAUCUUUAUGGAAUAUACAAUAUGCCGGUGCUACCUUUCAAUCCCACGACAAUAAUCCGGCGCAAAUCUGUUUCUUUUUUUUUUUUUAAAUCCAUUUUUACAAAAAAUUAUUUGGAAUCAACAAACAUAUUUAUUCAUAUAUACUUGGGUGGUAUCAUUUGUUCAUCAAACUUCAUAACACCGUGUUUAAAUUUUCUGCAAUAUUCAACAUUCCUUGACGGCGUGCAAUCGUUCCGAAACUAGAGAAUUGAGGGAUUGUUACAAGAUCUGAAGGUUUCUAGAGUGUAUCAAAAGUGUAAUAAGAUGGUGAAAGAUGGAGAAGCCGUUAUUGACAUCGAGAGCAGCCAAAGUGAAUGCCGAGAGGACCUGAGAUAUGAGCAGGUGACAGAUGACAAAAGUGUCAAGAACAUGCUUAGAUCUCUAGGUUUAACCUUGAGUUUCAACGGGUUGGAUGAUGGUGAAAACAGCAGCGAUAUAGAAUCGUUAGUUAACAAUAAACUCGAAGGCGAAAAGAGGGAAAAUAUAGGGAAAACACACUCAAAAGAAAAACAAAAGGUUAAAAACUCAAAAAGGGCUUCCAAACCGCCCCGGCCCCGUAAAGGUCCAUCAUUGAGUACAAGCGAUUUGCGAUUGGUUAAAGAGAUUUCUGAGAUGGUUAUGAAGAAACGUGCAAGGAUUGAACGGCUGAAAUCUUUGAAGAAAGCGAGAUCAGCUCGACUACAAACAGCACCACCACCGUCAUCAUCAGCAUCACCAUACAUGAGCAUUUUUGCUAUGAUGAUCACUGUUCUCUUUCUCAUUGUGAUAAUCCUCCAAGGUUUUGGUUUUUGUUCUGGAUCUGGUUCAAGAACUGGUCUAGGCUCGGGCCAGUUUGACUCCAAGCUCCCUAAGUAGAACAAAUAUAUGGCCAUGAGCCUAGGACCAUUAUUUUAGUUUAUUUAUUUUUUGUACGGUUAACACAUACCCUUUAAUCCUACUCCUAAAUCUACACACUUGUGCAUCAUGGGACUAGAUCCCUCAACCUCACAAGCGGGGGCACCUUCCAACGUGUACCUUGAUACUGCUAGGCUACAAGCUCUUUGCUACCAUGGUUAAUGACCCGUCGAACAUCUGGCUCUACACACGCUAGUCAUUUUAUUUGCAGACAUUAGUGUUAGAGGAAUUGAGCGUUUUAUUUUGUAGGAUUGUAUUCAUUGUUUACUAAUUGAGACUGAUGAUAUCUUUAUUAAAUAUCCAUUCAUAUUGUACAUUUGUUUAUACGGA